GAGAGAGAGAGAGAGAGAGAGAGAGAGGCUCUCGUGACGGCGCUUCCUGGUGCACAAGUGACCUGGUUGGACCGUUAUUGUCACAGUGCGCAGAUCUAAUACGACCAUCACAGCAUUUUUUGGGGAUAAAGGGAAAACACAUCCAGCGAAAUGUCGAAGGUGGAAGGAGGAAUGAAAUGUGUGAAAUACCUUUUGUUCGUCUUCAACUUCAUAUUCUGGUUGAUGGGAUCCUUUGUUCUGGCAGUGGGACUGUGGCUGCGUUUUGACCCUGAAACUGUGUCUCUUCUCAAUGGUGAUAAGGCUCCAGACACUUUCUUCAUUGGUGUGUAUAUCCUGAUAGGUGCUGGCAGUCUGGUGAUGCUGGUUGGUUUCUUCGGCUGCUGUGGAGCUGUUCGGGAAUCUCAAUGCCUGCUAGGUUCAUUCUUUGCCUGUCUGUUGAUCAUCUUUGGUGCGGAGGUGGCGGCAGGGGUGUUUGGAUUCUUAAACAAAGACAAGAUUAUCAAAGACGUUCAGAACUUCUACGCUACAAGCUACAAUGAAAACAAUAACGGCACAUUGAUCAUCUCAUACCAGAAAGUACUGAACUGUUGUGGAACCCUAGAAAGCCCCUGCCCUGAUCCUGGAACAGAUACUAAGGACUGUGAGACAGGCAUCAAGGAGUUCUUCAACAGUAAACUCUACAUCAUUGGAUACGUGGGCAUCGGCAUUGCUGGAGUCAUGGUCAUUGGGAUGAUCUUCAGUAUGGUGCUCUGUUGUGCCAUUCGCAACAGCAGAGAGGUCAUCUAAGGAUACUUGAACUCUGCCCCUCCUGUAUCCAGCCCUGAAAGACUGUACAGCCUUCAGAUCAAAAUUAAACCUUUGUCCAUUCAGGGACCCGGGAAAUAGAUCAUGUUAAAAAGAAAAAAAUCCUUUCCACAAUGCUGCUCAAACCAGUUAUUUUGGCCUGAUCUUCCACUAUUUUCUCUGAAAUGUUAUGUAUUUGUUUGCAGUCACAAGCAAAAUAGCAUGCUCUACUUUCAUAACUAUCCACGCAGUGGGAACAUUAUAAUGACUGAUGUGAACCUGACAAUCUGUCAAAUAUUGUUUUCCUCAUGGCCAUUUGGCUGCCAUUAUAAAUUUUAACCGACAUACUGUAGCAGUGGUGUUAAUGUUUUUUCACACAGCAUUGACACUGACCCCUCGGCUGUGGGAAGAUUUGGCCCUGAGAGAGCAAUCUGAGGGGAAAGCAGCUGAGUUUGCUCAUCUGUGCACACAAAUUAACACACACAUGAACGCGCACAGACACACAAGCACAGCAAUGUUGUGUUACGUAAGACCACAGCCUUAAAAAAAGCUUGUUAGGAAUCUUGUAGGGAAUACUGUUUGGUGUAAUCAGAGUGGGGUUUCAAGAGAGAGGGAAUGGCCAGUGAAGGUUUUGGGAAUGCAUACCCAGUGCUUUUACUCAGACACACACACACACACACACACACACACACACACACACACAAACCCACACAGCACACACACAGUAAAUGGUACAGUACAACAUUUCAGUAUCGAAAGAUUAAUUCAAAUUGUGGGAUAUAUAUAUAUAUAUAUAUAUAUAUAUAUAUAUAUAUAUAUAUAUAUAUAUAACUUUCUUGCCGAGAGUUAGAUUAGAAGAUUGAUAGCACUAUCAUGUCUUUUUUAUAUAUUUUUUCCCCUCUAUGCCUUAAAAGUACACCAUCCACAAUAAAACAAAAAGUGAGAAAUAACCCCUUCCUCACAUCUCAUCAAUCUCGGCAGAUAAGAGGAUUGGACAGACAUGCCUAUCUGGAAUAACUUCCAUUGAUCCAGGUUCAAUCAGGCCAGUUGAGUUUAUUACGGGACUCUGGUAUGUAAAUAUGUGUGUUUUCUUGUAGUUGUACAUUAUUGUUGGUUGAUGUGAUAGUUACUAUUUAACAUGAUGUGUGUAGACAAAGGCUUACAGUAGUUGUAGUAGCACAGUGUUCAUGUUGUCAAAGCAAAUCAACGCAACUAAAAUAGCUUCUUAAUGUGCCUUUCUUUGAUAACAAGCUAUUUUUGAACAACAGGCUGUUUAAACGUAGCAAAAAAAUGUAGCAAAAGAUGUACAUAUGUUUGUUGAGUCGGACUGCAAUUAAUUGUCACACACAUUGGACUUGCCAUUAUUGUUUUGGUGCGUGUCAAACUCGACUGUAUCUUCAAUGUCAAGAGAGCUGAAGUGGUUAAAGCGACAGUUUGUCUGCCAACUAUUUUAAAAGUCUCUUGGUCAUAAAAGACUAAUCAAGCUGUGUGGAACACAGGCCCUGGUCUUUUAUUUAUAGAUUUCUGUGUAAUGUGAGACAAGUGAGGAGACCACCAAGGCUUUCUUACCACUCCAGCAGACAGUGUUUACUCUGAGGAGUGAUGAGACGCAACAGUCACUUCGCUGUCACUCUGUGGAGUUAAAACAGGAGGAACUAGGAACAGCAACUCAAUCCAUAAAAAGCUGUUGCUGUUACUCAGUUAUAUUUGUGCAAAUCUGGAGAUGAAACGUACCGUGCAUGUAAAAAGACACUCUGUGCACCCAGUCGAGCCUUUCAUAGUUGAUUGUGUUAAUUUAUUUUAAUACCAUUCCAGAUGUCUCAGGAAGUAGCUGUUUGAAGUUUAAUAAAGCUUUUAAAGUUUUA